CACUGUCCGUGGAUCUAAAUACUUUUUGCAUUGGGAAUUCGGAUUUUACUAUUGGCGGUGGGUCAGGUCGGAGAAUCAAUUGAGGAGUGUUGAGCCGGAGAUACAUAAGAGGAAUUCUGGCCGGGAUAAGGCUAUUGUUUUUUCACAAAAGGACGAAGUCCCGGUCCAAGGUGAUAGGCGGCGGAAGCUGCCGUUUCCGGUUAGGAGAGUCUGGUUUGCCGUCUCUGCUCGCGUCAAAGAUCCCAAUCAUGUAUAAACCCAUGCCAACCCAUCAAGAUUUUUAGCUGGAAUAUGGCCACUACUUUGGCGCUUUAGUUUGCUCACUGGACCACUCAUGUGAAGACGCUUCCCGAAAGAAUAUGUUGGACGGUUGGAGGAUUAAUUCAGCUCACUUCGUUUAUGAUUCUCUUCCACAAGUAGCCUGCGACAAACCUACCACCCUAUUGCUAUUCCCUGGUGUUUUUGAGUUUCUGAUGUUGAAUUACAGCUCCAUUCGAGUCAAACCACCGAAAGGUCUACACUUGAUUUCACAAAAAGGGGCAAUCAACAGGUCGGUGCCGCGUUUGUUGACGCCUCCCCAGGUUCUGAGCCAAAAUGGAUUAGAAUAAGAUAGUCCAACCCAUGAUGGUUUCCAUUUCUGGAUUCUGGAUUACUCAAAAUCUUUAUUACUACGUAUUUGAGAUUUAAGGAAUGCAUAGCUUGACAUAAUAUGUGACCUUUAACAAUAAUAAAUAAUUCCCAUUACC